AACUCCAAACAACCGAUACUGGAAGCCCGACGCCAUAAAUUUAUUUUUGAAAAUUAGUUCCAGAGGUCAGCUAUUUAUAAAAAAUUAGUUAAAAUCAUUCUAUCCAAAGUUUAUCGUACGCGUAAAAAUCAAAGGUAUAUCAUUUAAGAAGGCGGGAAUCGACGGAGGUAUUUACAAACAUGAGCCGAAACUGGAUGUAUAGCCAGCAACAGAGAUUAAUGUCUCAGCGCCGGCUUCAGGAGCAGCACAAACAAGAUGAGGCCCGACGCUUGAACAAAGAGAGGCAGCUGCAGGCCAGUCUGAGGGAUCAGGAGAGCAUCGAGAACAAGCGCUACCUGCUACAGGUGCAGCAGGAGCUGCAGGACAGACAAAUGAAGAGUGCUUUGCAACAGGCAGAAGAGGAGAAACUAAACAGGGAAAGGCAGCUUGAACAAGAGGAGAGAAUGGCUAAGGAGCUGGCCCGCAUCAACUUUGAGAAGCAAAGAGAAGAGAAAAUGAAGCAGUACAUUAAAGAGAACAGCUUGGAGCUUCGAGAACUGGAAUCAAAACUGAGGUGUGCGUAUCUGAAUAAGGAAAGAGCUGCACAGAUCGCUGAGCAGGAAGCUAUGAGGCUUGAGACCUUUCGUGAAGAGGCAGACUUCUCUCGUAAGAUGAAGAAUGAAUAUGAGCGAGUUGCCAUUGAGCAGCAGAAGCUGGAGCAGAAACGUCAAGAGGAGCUGGUUCAGUAUCAGAGGGAGCUAGAGCAGCAGCUCAUUGAGAGGGAGCGCAAGAGACAAGAAGCAUACGAAGAGUUCCUCAAAGAGAAGCUCGUGGUGGAUGAGAUUGUCAGGAAGAUUUAUGAGGAGGAUCAGAAAGAGAGACAGCUGAAACUGGAGAAGCUCAAAGCCACUCAGCAGUACAUUGAAGAGUUCAAGAGACAGCAGGCAGAGUGGAGGCACAUGGAGCAGGAAAAGAUGGAGGCUGAGAACAGACGAAUCAUGGAGUUUGUGAGGCAACAGCAGCAAACGGAGGACACCAGAAUGACUGAAAUGAAAGCGAGGGAAGACGCUAAGGAGCAUCUUCAUAAAAUGCUGUGUGAGAAGAUUGAAGAGGAGCGGAAGGAGCGUGAAGAGAUAGAGCGAGCCCGUGAGGAGUUUUACUUAGAGGAACAAGCGGAGGCUGACAGGCAGAAAGAAAUUGAAGAGAUGGAGAAGAAGAUCAGACAGAGGCUGAUGAUACAGCAGACCUUCCAGGAGCAAAUGGCUUUCAGAGAGAUGCGGAAGCAAGCAGAGAAAGAAGAAGAGGAGGCCUUCAGGAAAAUGAUGAUGGCUAAAUUUGCAGAGGACGAUCGGAUCGAGCAGAUGAAUAAUCAAAAGCGGCGCAUGAAACAACUGGAACACAAGCAUGAAGUGGAGAAACUGAUAGAGGCCAGAAGACGGCAGCAUGAGGCUGACCGGGAACUGGAGGCUAAAGAAAGAGCGAUAGAGCAGGAGAGAGAGGAAAUGCGUAGAAAGAUAAUUGAAGAAGAGAGACGGAAGCUAUUAAAGCAUCACGCAACAAAACUCUUGGGAUACCUUCCUAGGGGCUUGCUCCGUGAAGAUGACCUGGAACACUUUGAUGAAGAUUUCAGAAAAAACUUUGAAAGACGUCGAGCUGAUGAUGACAGCUGGGAUGGAGAUGACUAAACUUUUCCAGUUUGCCUCUAGAUGGCAGUUUAAAGCCACAGUGAAUGAGUUACAGUUUUUACUGACCAGUAGAAUGUGUCUUAUAUUUUAUGGUGCAGCUGUUUUGGAUUCAGAAAUGACCAAAGUAAAAAAGAAAACUCAUGCUUUUAUUUGGAAUAUAUUGACAGUACAUUCACUAAAAUCUGCUAACAAAAGACCUGGCCACAGAGUCUGAUCGUGUUUAAGAAACUACGACUAAAUUUAAAUACUAAAUUCAAAUUCUCAAUUUUUAAAAUAUGCAGUCAAAUUCUGAGAUACUUUAAACUUAAGUUUGUAACUUCAAAACAGACAGAAUUAUCUUUUUAAAAAAGGAGCAAUGCACCCUUUUGUCUUGAAAAUCUUUGAAUUUAUGACUUCCCCCAGUCAAGAGCUUUCAUGAACUCGUCUUCUGUGAAGGACAGCAACUUGGCAGCUUCAAAGUGCAUCUGCACAAAAAAAAGCUUUGUUAAGAUUUAAAUUAAAAAAUACUUCUGCAUUAUUAAAUUACAGCAUACCAUAAAGUCACUUACCUUUUGUUUUUUGAGAAUGUCAAUCAACUUGAGCUGUUUCUUGAAACCCACAAUGAGUUCUGCUUUCUGUUUCUUAAGAGUGUUAUUUUCAGCAAGUAAGUUUUCUUUACUCUGCUGUUCCUCACUUAUCUUGUCCUUAUUGAGAGAAUAUGAAAUAAUAAA